UUCCGCGGCCUCACAGAUCGAUGAGUUAGUUCCUCAACCUCGCUGUAAUUUCAGUCUCGAUCUCUCGAUAACCCCUUGGAAACCCGAUUGCGUCGAUCCUUGUGCUGCGAGAAUUCUGAGUGAAACCAUCAAUUUGUGGGGUUCCCCACAUUAGAUCGUCUUCGUGAAGCAAUCCGUGAUUUGCAAUGUUGUUGUUCAUUCUGAGGGUUUAGGGUACUGCACCUCUUGUCCUCAUUGGAUUUGCCGUGUGCGCUUUUGGGUCGCGUUGAUCGUUACUGUGGGUGCAAGGUAUUGUGUUGUUACUUGAGGGGCUUGGUUUCCUCAUGUUGAAGUUGAUUCAGUUUCAGUAUCAGAGCGUCAUUCUCUGCCCGGGUCUUACUGUUUUUCUGAGCAUCGGGAGAAUUUGAUGUGUGGAUACUUCGAAGGUUGGGUACUGGUCAAAGAGCGUUCAAGGUGGGAUUUUAAGCUCAUUCCCUCGAGUCAAUCUCGGUGGAGGGUGUUGAGGCUGUUUAAAUGUAGAUGAGCCUCGAUUGGCAUUGCAAAGGUUCGCUAUGAUAGGAAUGGGGAUAAUGCGGUUGCUGAGACGGACUAGGAGGGUGUGAGAAUGGGGUAAGAUUGCUUCCAGGCCGAAGAGGUUAUAGGUAAUAGGUUGAAGAGAUGGCUGGAGGUAGGGGUUUUGUUCUCACCUCUCACAAGGUCGCAAUGUGUAUGCUGUUGCAAGCGUAUGCGUCGCCGUCAUCCGCAUCGCCACCAUUUUGUGUGUUGCCGAGCUCUGCCCGCCAUCGCCUAGCUCUCUUUCUUCUGGACCAGACUAGAGUGACUGACGGGUUUUUGGAGCCUACAUUCGAGGAGCUUGGGAAGGAACUGAAAGAUGAUUUGUCCGAUGUUGGUGGUGUGCUCUUUGAGCAGCUUGGUAGCCGUCUACCACUUCUAUGUACCCCCGAAGAGUUGUUCCAGUUUUUUCAAGGUUUGAAAGAGUUGUUGGCUCCCGUUUCCUACUCUGCAGAAUCUGGGAGAGGGGAGGAUGAGACUCUUCUCAUUCAACCCAACAGUUUGCUGGGCCAGUUUUUACGAAGGUGCAUCUUGGCUUUCAAUGUACUCUCAUUUGAGGGUUCAGGCAGACUGGUUGUUGAGUUGAAUGCCUACCGCUGGUUGGAGUCGAGUGAUCCUCGAGGAAUAUUUGUAGACAAAGAUGAUAUGAUCGAAGGAGAAUUUGAUGACGAGUAUGAGUAUGAGGAAGACAUUGAUGACGUUAACAUGGAUGGAAUACAUGACCUAGAGUUUCGGUUUCGGGGGACCGCAGCUGGUAGGAGAGGGAUGCAAGGUCGACAGCAGUCAGGCGGAAGGAACGGUGCAUCUGCCUUCCCUGUUCCAAAUGCAGCCAUCUCAGGAGAUAGUGGAGUGAAGACAAGGUCCCUGCGAACUGUGGAGCAAGUCGAAGGAUUUUUGAAGGAGCAAGCAGGUCUUCUUGAAAAAGGAGUUGGGCAGAUUCCAAAGGAGGGACUGGAUUCUAACCUGACGCAACUCGAGAAGCUAGCUCCAGAUAUGAUGAAAGUCCAUUACCUCCGUUACCUUAACCACCUUCAACAAAGUGAUUAUCCUGCCACAAUGGAUGAUCUGCAUCGCUAUUUUGAUUACAGUGCUGGGAUGGGAGGCAUGAGUGUCGGUGGUGCAUCGUGUGAUUCCAGUGUGGGUAGAUUCCAAGCAGGCCUUCUCAGUUUGGGGUCAAUGCACGCCCAUUUUGGUCAUGUCGAUCAGGCUAUGCAAGCCUUAAAUGAGGCUGUGCGAAUUGCUCAGCAGUACAAUGACGAUGCAUGUCUUGCGCAUGCUUUAGCUGCUCUUUGCCACCUGCUCUUUGACGUUGGAGCUGCCAAUGAAGCUUACGCCAAGGGUGAAUCUGCCGGCCUUCGAGAUGUUGGCGCUGGCCCUUCUCUCGGAAUCCAACAACAACUAUUACUUUUGUUGAGGCGCUGCUUGCGAAGAUCAUUGGAGCUUAAGCUGUCCCAGUUGGUUGCUUUUAGUCGUCUUGCCCUUGCGAAGUUUUAUUUGAAACAUGUUCGCAGGUUCUCGUCUCUUGGUGGGUUAGAGAAUGGUGGAGAAUUGGGUACAUCUCCACUGGAGGUGUGCAAGACUCUUAGGUUAAGUCCUUAUCUCCUAGGUGAUUCCAUUAGCAAUGGCAUUUCGCCCCACGUAGCAAUCUCAGGCACCACAAAUCAGCAGCGAGGAAACGGUAUGAAUAUCAAUCAGCCGCUCACAGCUCCUGGGACUAUGGCUGGUGGGGCUUGGACAAGCUUAACUGGCCGCCUAGGUCGUACGUCGGACGCCGUUGUCAAGCUUGCAGGAACCUCACACUUGCUUCGUGCAGCGUCGUGGGAGCUUUAUGGUAGCGUCCCGCUGGUCAGGGUUAGUGCAUUAAUCCAUGCAACUUGUUACGCGGAUGUGGCUAGCUCGGACGAUGUGCUCCUUUCGUAUAUCAAGCUUGCUCAGCAUCAAGCAGCUUUUAAAGGUUACGCAGCUGCUCAAUCCGCUUUUGAAGUCGCAGCUAAGAGGUUUCCGGCUGCUGCAAACUCAUUGGUUAGGACAGCUCAGCUGCAACUCGUCCAUGAUCAUGCCUUAUACCGAGGUGAGCUCAAGCUUGCUCAAGUGGCUUGUGGAGAGCUUGCAGCCUCGGCAUCUCCUGUCUUUGGCGUGGACAUGGAGCGCAAGACAGAGGCAACUAUCCGUCACAUUCGCACGCUCCUUGUGGCAGGCCACCUCGACGAGGCAGCUGCUGUGGCACGAUUGCUAUUCUCUCAGUGUUACAAAGCGAGUAUGCAGCUCGAGUCUGUGCUUGUCCUCUUACUCCUGGCUGAAAUUCACAAGACAGCCGAUAGUGCCGUAACGGGACUCCCGUACGCCUUGGCAGGGCUCACGCUGUGUCGAGUGUUUAACUUAGACUACUUGCAAGCAAGUGCAAAGGAGACCUUAGCGGAGCUCUGGUUAGGCCUAGGAGUUGGUCAUGCACCCCGAGCCCUGGCUCUCCUGCAGGAAUGCCUGCCGAUGGUGCUGGGUCAUGGUGGACUUGAGCUGCGUGCACGCACUAACCUCGCUCUUGCAAGGUGCUUCCUCUCCGAUCCAGCAUUUUCAGCUGAGUCCCAACUGGCGGAGGUUCUGGAUCUCCUACAACAAGCAGCUGAGGAGUUUGAGUUACUGGAGGACUAUGCUUUGGCCGGGGAAGCAUUCUACCUCCAAGCCCUUGCAUAUAAUAAGUGGGGCAGCGUAGAGGAGCGCAACUCAGCGGCUAAAGCUUUUCAGCGGUGCAUGCAGGCUCUCAAUGUGGCCCAGGCAUCUGAAAAUGCUGUACUACCUUUGUGAUUUACUACCUGAGCACCUCAAAAUUCUUUAAGAAUAGGCUGCCUCGAGGAACAAGGUAUCAAAUUGGUUCUAAUAGUGAUAGUGGUAAUUGGUCCCCUCACUCAUGCUUGGUGGACUGUGAUUCUUAGCCGCACCUCAAAUUGUAUAGAAACACCACAAGCAAAUGUAUGAUCUCCCAACUGAACUCAGAAUCGUUCGACUGUCGCAUAAUGUCAAGCUGCCUAUCACCAGAUGGUUACCAAAGAAUUUAAGUGUGUGCGCUCUUAUGUUUUU